CUGUGUUGUGUAUGUGAAUGAAUUGGCAAACAAAUACAGUAGCUUCUUUUACUUUUAUAUAAUCCCCCUCCCUUAUCUUCUUCCCCUCGCGUCGCAUUCAUCGCUCCCCUCCUUCUACCCCCGACGAUGGGCCAUCCUUGCUCACGCCUCUCUCCUGUCACCACCAAUCGCUAGCACAACGGGACCCAAACCAGAUCUUGGCGAAGGUGGUUCAACCCCUUGUUUGUAGGUGUUUAUUUCGGCGCAGCUUCAGUCAUGGAGGCGGUGGCAAUGUCGCCAUCCUCCGUCUCCUCCCACUCCCAUGAUGCUGCCUCAAACAGUGAGGACAUGUCCUUGCAACAAGGCCUCCUCUUCUCAGACAGCCUCAAGGACCUGAGGAAUCUGCGCUCACAGCUAUACUCAGCGGCAGAAUAUUUUGAAGUAUUUUACCGAAACAAUUCGCACAAAUCUACGAUAAUGGCCAGUUUGAAAGAUUACACAGUUGAGGCCCUUGUUAGCACUGUGGACCAUCUGGGUUUUGUGUCAUACAAGGUGGACAAUCUUGUCAGCGAAAAGGCUGAUGAGGUUAACGAAACAGAAUUUCAAGUAUCAUCAGUUGAACAGAGGGUACGCAUUUGCCAACAGAUAAUUGACCAGGAAGGAAGAUCUCAACAAUCUCUUCUCAUCAGGGCGCCAAAGUACCACAGGCGUUAUAUAUUGCCAGGCGCAGAUCUACUGGAAUCUUCCAUUCAUCCGGUUUCAGAGCCUCCACGGUAUAACAGGCCAUAUACAAGUCGCAAAAUGCACAAGUCUCAAUCUUCCAUUUCAACUCCGGUUUGUAGGCAGACUACAAUAAGGCGAGCUCGAUCACCAUCUCCUACACCUAACGAUGCAUAUCAUCGAUCACGGUCCUUAUCACCUUCUCGAAAAGCACCUUCUCGAACAGCACGUGCUAAAUCUCCAUCUCCUCAAAUUGUGAACUCAAAUACCAAAGAAACAAGGGCAGGCUCGCCAAUACCUAAUUCCAAUCCUCUGGCACGGUCCGCUACGGUCUCAAGAAGACCACCUGUGAACCCAAAGCAUUUUAGGCAAACUUCGAUGCAGUUACAUACCGAUUGUGACAACCACAGAGAGCAGGAGAAAAGCUCAAGCAAAGGCAGGGGUUUCCUCAAGUCGUUGCUCACGAGGCGUAGGUGGAGGAAUGACGAGUCGUUGUACAGUUACUUGGAUGAGUAUUGACUACUGAAAUGUUUAAACCAGAGUUCUGUGUUAACUGAAUCUUCAUUGUUUCAAUUUUUUUAUAUCUGUGAUCUUUGCUUUGCCAAAAGGCUGGGAUGGUGUCUGUUCCUUUUUCUUUUGUGCCA